UUCAUCAUCGUAAUUUUCCUUGAACGAUUAUGUGUUCCACACGAGAUCGUUGAAAGUCACUCUUUCUCUAGCUUCUGUCUAAUCCAAGACCGUAUGCGAUCCCAACCAUGAGCUGACCCUCUCCUAACCCCUAACAACAUUUUCCACAGUCGACAAAGAUGCCGUGGCACUGCAACAAUAAAAUGAACUAAUGCAUGCAGUUGGCGGCAGCGUUCUCUCCCAACAGUUGAAAAGAGCUUCUGUCUCUACAGUAUUUCAUAACCAUUUCGCAUUUCUCACCCACCAACUAAUCCCUGCAAAGAAUUAUUUCCCCCACAAAGACCCUCCCUACCUCUCACCUCUUUCUUCUCCCUGCUUGUGUGUGUAUAUAUACUUGCAUACGGUGACCCCAUGGCUUGGAACUUGGAAGCAGCAAAGCCAAAAGUUCUUGAGAGCAAGAUGUUUGAGAGGGAGCGGCGGAUGCCGGAGGAAGGUGAAAGGGGCGUUUUGAAGGCGGAGCAAGAUGAGCCGGAGGCGCCGCCGGUCCACAGCCAGGUGAGGAGGAUCAAGCAGGAGGACGAGGCGGCCAGGGAGCUCCUCCUCAGGCUCCAGCUGCUGGAGAUGAGGCCGGCCACCGGCUUCCGCGAGCCGGCGGCGCGGCAGACCUCGCCGUCGCCGCUGCGCCGAGCCGGCGGCGCGGCAGACCUCGCCGUCGCCGCUGCGCCGCGCCGGCGGCGGGCAGGCCAUCUCGGUGGCGGCGGGGGACUGAUCGAGCCUCUCCACGUCCUGCGCCUGCCUCAGCUUGAGGCUUUGAGCAGAGCAGAGCAUUGCAAAUAGGUAGGGACUAGGGAGGUGUGCUGCCCAAGUGCCCAUCCCAUGUGUAGACAAGCAGGCUUGCAGCUUUGGAUGGAGUCACGGAGAUAGCAGUUGCUGUGUUGCCAGUUUCGUGUGCUUGUACAUAUAAAAGAUCUGAUUGCGGUUUCAAUGGGCUCCUUUGAUCUUUGAUUGGUUU